AUGCCUCCUCCGAAUAUCAAGCGGUUGAUCUUAACUACUGCAGUUGUUUCUAUCACUAUCACGGGUACUCUUUAUGGCGCUCGUCUCAAAACUGAUCAAGAAAUUGCUGAGACAGUAAAGCAACGACAACAAUCGACGUUUGAUGAGCAAACCAAAGCUCUCCAGGAUAUGCGCUCCAACCUGAUUGCUCGGAGAGGCAUAAUUGAGAACCAGAUACGAGACCUGGAUGCAAGGAUGCUAGAGAAGCAGCAGAAAGGCAUCAGUGGUGAUGCUCAAGAUCAACCGAGUGGAGGUCGAUGA